UAAACAUUUUGUGUGCUUAACCUAGUGCUCUCUCUCAGUCUAAUUUUGUCUGCCCUGUCUCCCCAAAAACAGAAAUUUUGAUGAGACAAUAAUUACAAAUUGGUAUCUCUAUCUUUACCAAAAGCGUUUAAGAUACUUAUAGUCAAUUUGAUCAAUUGAGAUGUCGGACCCACCUAAUGGGGUUCCCAAUACACUCUACAAACAAUCACCUCGUCUUUUACCUCUUCAUCCUGAAAAUUCCAAUGAAUUCUCUCGAAAUUCAAGUGUUACCAAUAUUCAUACCCCUAAUGUAAGGAAUAAAUCAGUAUCGAAACAAAGAAAGAAAUCAAAACCUCAUUUGAAACGAUUAGGAUCAAUUACAGGUAGUCAUCAGACUUUGGUCUAUUCUGUCGAUGAUGAUGUCAAUGAAAAUGUCGAUGAAGAGAAUGUGGAGGAUAAUACUGAAAUUGUUAGUGAUAGAGAUUAUUUAGAGGGUUAUAGUGAUGCGUUAAGAGCUUUACAUCAAAGAAGAUCAAAAUUAAUCACAGCCACUCUCUCCAAUGAUGAAUUAAAUAAAACAGCUGCUAAACAAAUAGAAUCUACCAUUGCUAAGGAUUUAAUUGAUGCUGAAGAAAAUAUAAAAUUAUUAGAUAAUUUACGUGAUUCAGAUAAUAUUGCCGAUAAUACUAUUGAAUAUGAAGAAGUUGCGGGAGAAGAUGAAUCAAAUGGAAUUGGUGGUGGAGGUGAUAAUGAUUCUCGAUAUGAAGAUGACGAAGAUAAUGAUGAUGAUGAUAAUGGUUCAGUUCGAAGUUCUCAAUCAUCUCAAACCAUUGAAUCAUUAAAUUUAAGAGAUAGACAAGCUGCCAUUAAUAAAACUCAUCCUUUCGGUAUUAAGAUUUGGAAACCAUCAUUAUAUAAAAAACAAAGAUCAGUAGCCACCAGAGCUGAAGAAGAUAUUCAUGAUUUUGAUCCUAGAAAACCAAAAAGAAUCUUUUGGGGUGUUACUUUAACGAAUAUUCUUUGGAGUCUUGUUAUUGGUAUACCCUUAUAUAUUAUUUGUUUAAUGGGUGCUACGGUAGUAUUCAUUUCAUCUGGUUUAGGUAUUCAUAGACCUUCAAGACCUUAUGUGAGAUUACUUUUAAAAUUAGGAAGAUAUUGGUUUCAUCCAUUUGGAAAGUUUGUCUUAUUAAAUAGAGAUGAAAAUUAUUUAAGUGAAGAUGAACUGUAUGGUAGAACUUUAAAGGAAUUUCAAAGGUGGAGAUUACAAGAAGAAGGUAGAUUAUUUUUUGCUCCUCCAAGAAGAAAUACUGCCAGUGCAGAAACUAGACCUUUAUUGAAAGAUCAUAGAGGUAGACCUCUUGGUGAUGCUUAUUCUUCUUUAGGAGGUGAUGAUCAAACCUAUUUUCAACAACAACAACAACAAUCACAAGGCAUACCAGAAUCUGCUCUUGAACAUGACGAUCAAGAUGAUCAAGAUGAUCAAGAAGAAUACCCUGAUAUCAAAGUUAGAUUCUUUGGUAGAGGUAGUUGGUCUUCAGGUAGAUUUGUAUUUUAUCUAUUCUUUUAUGGGAUUUUACAACCAAUUUUAUACCUUGUGGGUGGUUUAUGUUGGCUUAUAGUGUUCACCAUCCCAAUGACAAAUAUAACCAGUACGAUCUGUGAUCAUUUAAGACGUCAUCCAUUAGCAUUAGAUUUUGAAAUAGAAAAGGAAUAUUAUAAAAGACAUCCUAAAAAGAAGAGACCUCAACUGAUCAUUUUAUGUACUUAUAGAUGUUGUGGUUUCCAUUAUUAUAAAUAUACUAUUGAUGGUACCAAUAUUUUCUUUAUAAAUUUAUUGGCUGCCGUGGCAUUUGUUAUCUGUGAUUUUUAUAUCUUUAAAGAAAACUUCAAAUGGGAAGUUUGGUUUACAGAUUCAACUUUUAUCUUUUGUUUUUGUUUCUUUUCCAUUAUUCCAUUGGCUUAUUUUCUUGGUCAAGCUGUUGCUUCUAUCUCAGCUCAAUCAUCCAUGGGAGUCGGUGCUGUUAUUAAUGCCUUUUUCACAACCAUUGUUGAAAUCUUCUUAUAUUGUGUGGCAUUAAAUCAAGGUAAAGGAAAAUUGGUUGAAGGUUCAAUGAUUGGUUCAAUCUUGGGUGGGGUAUUAUUAUUACCAGGAUUAUCAAUGUGUAGUGGUGCAUUAGUUCGUAAAACUCAAAAAUAUAAUCCUCAAUCAGCUGGUGUUUCUUCAACUAUGUUCUUAUUUGCUAUGGUGGUUAUGUUUGCUCCAUCGUUAUUUUAUCAAAUUUAUGGUCCUUAUGAAAUCAAAUGUAGAGCAUGUGAUUUCACUAAUGUCGAAGAUGAUUGUACUAAAUGUCGAUUUGUUCAACCUGGAUUUUCAUUGGAUAUAUUAUAUCAUAAGAUCAUUCAACCAUUUUCAGUGAUUGUCGCUUCUUCCCUUUUUGCUACUUAUAUUUGUGGAUUAUAUUUCACCUUAAGAACUCAUGCAUCAUUAAUUUGGGCAACUCAUGAACCCACACCAACUAGAAAAGAUGAGCAUUCAUUUAGAUCUCCAAGUGUUUCAAGUUUUGCAACUCCUUUACAACUUCCAGCUGGAUCAAGUAAAAUAACUCAACGUCUUUCAACUUUACCUCCAUCAGCUUUGAAACCAUUACAAUCUCCAAGUUUAGAUAAACAUAAGAAACUGAUUGAUGAAUCCUUCAAACCAAUUGAACCAGUAGCUCAUGAUGAAGGUGGAGGUGGUCAUGAUGCUCCAAAUUGGUCCACUAAAAAAUCAACAAUUAUCUUAUUAGGAGCAACUGUAUUAUAUGCCAUCAUUGCUGAAAUUUUGGUCGAUACUGUGGAUGCAGUGUUAGUGAAUUAUCCUAUAGAUCCUAAAUUUCUUGGUUUAACGGUUUUUGCAUUAGUUCCUAAUACUACUGAAUUUUUAAAUGCUAUUUCAUUUGCUGUAAGUGGUAAUGUAGCAUUAUCGAUGGAAAUUGGUAGUGCUUAUGCUUUACAAGUGGUUUUAAUUCAAAUUCCAUGUUUAGUUUUCUAUUCAAUCUAUAUGGGGUUCGUUAAUGUUGAUCAAAUUUUCUCAUUAGUAUUUCCAAGAUGGGAUAUUAUUGCUACUUUAAUAUCAAUUUACUUAUUCACAUAUAUUUAUGCUGAAGGUAGAUCUAAUUAUUUUAAAGGAUUUAUUUUAAUCUUAAUGUACGCUGUGGUCAUGAUUGGAUUCUGGUUUAAUGAUAAAAUUGAAUACUUGAAUGAUGGUUAUACAGGUGGUCGUGACGCUUAUUUUUAGUACAUUUAUUUAUUUUAAUUUAAUUAUUUAUAUAUAUUUUUUUAGUUAUAUCAAAA